AAACUAUCGAUCCAACCAUUCCUAAAAUUGUAAACAGUUCAAUCAUUGAAGCUUAGUAGAUAGAUGUACACACUGGUGAAACAUGUAUGUGCAUAAACAUAAUGAAAAGAAAAAAUAUAUAUAUAUAAAAACAUUUAAGGGAAUAAUAAAAACAUUUUGAAAAGAAAUUGUAUUUAUUAAUCUAUAGAGAAAUGACACUAGGAGGCUAUACAGAUUAUCAUUAUUACUCAAAUUAUACAUCGGAUGGUUAUGCAGAUGAUGAUGACGAUGAUGAUGAAAUUGAAGAAUUCAAGCGGAAAACUGAAGCAAAUCGAAAAGCAAGAGAAAAAGCUAGACAAGAAUUUGAACGUGACAUGGAAAAAGCAACUGAAUCAGAUGCACGUCAGAUAGCGCGUAAAGCCUCUGACGCUGUUCUCAACGAGUACGAUGAAGUUAGACAACGAGCUUGGACAAAGGAUCAACAAACUUUAGAAUACAUUGACGAAAUAUUAAGAAAUACUGAAAAGUCACGUUUCUAUGUACCUACAACACAACUCAAUGUAAGAAGAGGUUCCUAUAGUAGAUACAGUGAUAUUCGUAAUGGUGAUCAAUUCAACAAACCGAUUGAAGAUGAGUUUUUGUCAAGAAGUCAAAUGGAAAUAAUACGGCCGCCCAAUGGAAGAAUAAGAGACCCUAGUUCAGUUGAAACAGCAAGACAGAAAAUGAAACGAGUUGAAGAACGUUUAGAAGGUAUUCUUGAUUAUGAAUUGCCAAGUGCAGACAACUUCAGAAAUAUGCGUCAUUCAUUAAGAGAAAUUAAUGAUAAAAUGUCAAAACAUCGCUUCCUUCUGGAUCGUCACAAUUCAACAGACUUAGGAGAAGAUGAAAAUGACAAAUGUAAUGUAUCAGAAAGAAUUAAUGAAAAGUAUAGGGAAUUAGAAGAGAGAAUGCCAUGUUUGACUAUGUCUGAUAGAGCACGUGAAAAAGAAAAACGUACCACUCGUUUCGAUCCCACUUUUAUUCCGGGAUAUUCUACUGGUUUGAGUAUUACAAACUCGGAACAGAAUGCUGAAUUACGUGGUCGUAUUAAAUCAUUGCUGUUACGAACAAAGCGCAGUGGAUAAAUCAUAACUAAUUUCAGUGUUUCAUUUUAUAAUGAUCAUAACCGUAUAGGAAUUAAAUUAAACUGUUAUAUGAACUAUUAAUUAGACAAUCUUUAAUAAAAUAAUAAUGCAUGCUUUAAAAA